UGGAUAAUUUUUUUAAAGUUUACAUUUUGGAAUACAUUGCUAUUUCUAUUUAUUAGAAAAAACAUAACCAAAAAUAAUAGUAAUUUUUGGGUGGUGGAACAGAUUAAUGGUAUACAUUUCCAUAGGGAAAAUGUAUUUGAUAUGCGUGAAUUGAGGUCUGAGCACGGUCACUGAAUUAACUAAACUAAGUCAAGAAAUCUCCACAGACGGAACAAAGCAGAACCCCCAAGAAAUGAUGUAGAAGGCGUAGCAUCCCGCAGCGUUGCUUUGAAGGGAGCUUCCUCAGGAGGUGACACCAGGAUUAUGAGCCAUGGAGUCAGGGGCAGCAGACACCCCAGUAACCCUGGUCAUCAAGGCCCCCGACCAGAAGUAUGAGGACCGCACCAUCAACUGCUUCCUGAGCUGGACGGUAGAGAAGCUCAAGCGUCAUAUGGCCAACGUGUACCCCGGCAAGCCUCGGUCCAGAGAUCAGCGAUUGGUGUACUUGGGAAAUCUCCUGGAGGACCACCUCCGUCUCCAAGAUGUGCUGCGACAGCAUGACGAGUACCACGUGUUGCAUCUGGUGUGCAACUUUUGCACCCCGCCGGGCUCUCCCGCACCCUGUAGUGCCUCCACGGUCAACGCCGGCAGUUCCAAAACUGCAAUCUCGACACUUCCUGACAUUCCUGCUGUCCCGGGAGGUCCAGAUGGGCUCAGGCAUCGAGGUGGCAUCCUCAACUUGAACCCUCGGAGACCUGCUGGCAUAUUCAUUACCAGGCCUCAUGGAGGAGCUCAGAUGUUGACGCCCAUGCAGAUGUUGUGGUGGCAGCAGAUGUAUGCGCGGUACUACUACAUGCAGUACCAAGCGGUGGUGGCGGCCUCCCGGCCUCCCACCUUCCCAGCUGCCACCUCGCAGCCGCCGCCUCCCCGGCCCAACGAAACCGCGCGGCCCCCGCUGGAGCCCGUCCGGGCCGCCGACCCCCUCCCGGAGAACUUGGUGCCGCCUCCCGCGGCCGACGCCAACAUCCAGAUAAACGCGCAGGCCGGGGGGGGCGUGCUUAACGUGGACGAGCCGAACCGUGACUGGCUGGACUGGCUGUACGCGCUGUUCCGAGUCUGCGUCCUGCUCAGCUUCGUCUACUUCUACUCCACCUUUGGCCGCUUCGUCGUGGUGGUGGGAGCCAUGAUGCUGGUCUACUUGCACCAGGUGGGCCGGUUUCCCUUCAGGACGCUGGAGCGGCAACAGCGGCCGCCGAACUUUCAGGAUCCUGAGCAAGCCCAAGCUUGGGAGGAAGCAGAGGUGCAACGGGGCGUACGGGAAUUGUCCUCUACUGUCCUGCUGGUGGCAGCAUGCGUCCACGGCAAAGGCAGAACGCAGGCAGGCCGUCGCAUCUCAUGAACAUGCAUGAGGAGAGCGGAGCCGGGAUUGGCCACUCAGCUCCUUCUUCACCACCACAGACCGACGCAGAGUCCGCAUCACUGCAGACGCUGCACCCAUCCGCCUGUCGAUCUCCCGCUCCAUUCUUCCCCCACUUGUGAACAAGACUUCGAGGUACUUGAACUCCUGCACUUGGGGCAGGAUCUCCACCCUUUUCCGAUUCAGGAACAUGGUCUCAGAUUUGGAGGUGCUGAUUUUCAUCUCAGCUUCUUCCACUCGCCUGCGAACCACUCCAGUGAAAGCUGAAGAUCGUGGCCUGAUGCAGACAUCCGUACCACAUCUUCUGCAAAAAGCAGAGACGUAAUACUGACGUCCCCAAGCCGGACCCCCGCAACGCCUCGACUGUGCCUAGAAAUUCUGUCCAUGAAGGUCAUGAACAGAAUUGGUGACAAAGGGCAGCUUUGGCGGAGUCCAACCCUCACACAAAACAAAUCAUAUUCGACUUACUGCCAGCAAUGCGGACCAAACUCUGACACCGGUCGUACCCGUAUAAGGGGGUCCUGUAGCCAUACUCCCGGAGUAUUCUCCACAGGACUCCCCGAAGGACACGGUCGAAAGCCUUCUUCAAGUCCACAAAACACAUUUAGACUAGUUGGGCAUGCACCCCCGAGGACCCUGCCGAGGGUGAAGAGCUGGUCCACUGUUGCACAGCCAGGACGAAAACCUCCCUGCUCCUCCUGAAUCUGAGAUUCAACUUCGAGACGGACCCUCCUCUCCAGAACCCCUGCAUAGACCUAACCAAGGAGGCUGAGGAGUGUGAUCCCCCUAUAGUUGGAACACACCCUCUGGUCCGCCUUCUUAUAAAGGGGGACCACUACACCGGUCUGCAAAUCCAGAGGCACUGUCCUCGAUGUCCAUGCGAUAUUGCAGAGGCGUGUCAACCAGGACAGCCCCACAACAUCCAGAGCCUUUAGGAACUCCAGGCGAAUCUCAUCCACCCCUGGGGCUCUGCCACCGACAAGCUUUUUAAGCACCUCGAUGACUUCAACCCCAGAGAUAGGGGAACCCGCCUCAAGAGUUUCCAAACUCUGCUUCCUCCUGGGAAAGCAUGUCGGUAGAAGUGAAGAGGUCUUCAAAGUAUUCGUCCCACUGACUCACAACGUCCUGAGUUGAGGUGACCACUGCCCCAUCCGCACAAUACACAGUGUUGAUGGUGCACUGCUUCCU